AUCUGUGGUCAAAAGCUUCCCCCUCCUGUGUACUCCGAGGGACAUUUCAUUCAAGUGAGAUUUGAGUCUCGCACCGGCCUUGUAAACAAAGGGUUCAAUGCAAUCUUUCAGGCGAUAGAUGGAGAUUCACUGUGCCCAACAGAUAUGAUCCUCGAUGAAACAUCAGGUUCCUUCUCCUCUCCUUAUAAUCCAAGAAACUAUCCAUUCAACCAGACAUGUAGCUGGAAGAUUAUAGGGAAACAAGGAUACCGUGUUGAGCUCACAAUACCAGACUAUAAUCUUCAACGUUGUGAUGCCGCUGCUUGCUCGUGUGACUACAUGGAAGUUCAGAGUAGCUUCAGUGACCAAGUGCUGCCUAGAAAACUAUGUGGUACACCAAUGCAUAUUCCUGUAAAAUUUUAUUCCCUGCACGAAAGCUUGAGGGUGCUGUUUGUGUCCGAUGAUACAAACAUGGAUUAUGACGGAUUUGGGGCAACUUACAAGCUGUUGAACUACAGUCCUCCAAUUUGUCCCAAGGAAGCAAUUCCUCUCUCAGGCAGCGGCAAAAUAAGCAGCACAAACUACCCAAAGAGUAACUACACUGCGUCCAUAAAUUGUACCUGGAACAUUACCGCGCCAGCUGACAAAAUUGUAAAUUUUACGUUUACUGACUUUGUGUUAAGUGAGUGUUUAGGAAAUGGUUGUUCAGAUUCUUGUUCUUAUGUGGAGCUUUAUGAUGGUGGGUCAACAAGUUCGCCUUCGCUGGGGCGAUUUUGCCAGGGCUCGUCUUGGAAUGAGCCUCAGUUGUCGAAUGGAAGUCAAAUGUUUGUGAUGUUCCACCCUGGACAAACAGUUAAUCGUGGAUUUGAAGCGAAGUAUGAAUCCACAACGACCGGCGUUGCCAACCUGACUGUGGUGACAAGUGAUCCCUGCAGCCCUGCUGGAAAGUCCAUUCAUGCUACCAGUGGUCACAUUUCAAGCCCCAAUUUUCCCAACAACUAUGACGCAAACAGGAUUUGUACCUGGAAUAUCACGGUACCCGGUGGAAAAACCAUCAAACUGACCUUCUUGAACUUUACCCUGGUAGCAGGUGAAAACGAUGACUGUGCUGGAGCGGCAGCAGACAGUGCCCGAGUCUCUAUCACAAACGUUGCCUCUCAUGGAGGAAAACCCAAUGACUUUAAGAUCUGUGGUCAAAAGCUUCCCCCUCCUGUGUACUCCGAGGGACAUUUCAUUCAAGUGAGAUUUGAGUCUCGCACCGGCCUUGUAAACAAAGGGUUCAAUGCAAUCUUUCAGGCGAUAGAUGGAGAUUCACUGUGCCCAACAGAUAUGAUCCUCGAUGAAACAUCAGGUUCCUUCUCCUCUCCUUAUAAUCCAAGAAACUAUCCAUUCAACCAGACAUGUAGCUGGAAGAUUAUAGGGAAACAAGGAUACCGUGUUGAGCUCACAAUACCAGACUAUAAUCUUGAACGUUGUGAUGCCGCUGCUUGCUCGUGUGACUACAUGGAAGUUCAGAGUAGCUUCAGUGACCAAGUGCUGCCUAGAAAACUAUGUGGUACACCAAUGCAUAUUCCUGUAAAAUUUUAUUCCCUGCACGAAAGCUUGAGGGUGCUGUUUGUGUCCGAUGAUACAAACAUGGAUUAUGACGGAUUUGGGGCAACUUACAAGCUGUUGAACUACAGUCCUCCAAUUUGUCCCAAGGAAGCAAUUCCUCUCUCAGGCAGCGGCAAAAUAAGCAGCACAAACUACCCAAAGAGUAACUACACUGCGUCCAUAAAUUGUACCUGGAACAUUACCGCGCCAGCUGACAAAAUUGUAAAUUUUACGUUUACUGACUUUGUGUUAAGUGAGUGUUCAGGAAAUGGUUGUUUAGAUUCUUGUCCUUAUGUGGAGCUUUAUGAUGGUGGGUCAACAAGUUCGCCUUCGCUGGGGCGAUUUUGCCUGGGCUCGUCUUGGAAUGAGCCUCAGUUGUCGAAUGGAAGUCAAAUGUUUGUGAUGUUCCACCCUGGACAAACAGUUAAUCGUGGAUUUGAAGCGAAGUAUGAAUCCACAACGACCGGUGUUCCAGCUGCAAUUGUGGCCAUGGAUAAUCACACUGUCGUUAAGAAUGGAACUAUUGAACUUUAUUGUAAUGUGUUUGGAACGCCACCUCCUACUGUCUUAUGGACUCAUGUAAAAUCAGGCGAAACGUGGAACCAGAAAAAAUGGACUAUUAGCGAUAUCCAAGUGGAGGAACUUGGAGAAUAUAGGUGUAAUGCCAGCAACAAAUAUGGAGGAGAUAUCAAAAGUACCUUUAUCUUAUAUGAAGGUGGUUUUUGUGAAAAACAAUGUACUGAUGGGAAAUUGUGUCUUAAGUUUGGAGCCACAUACUUUUGUAUCUGUCCUGAAGGGAAAAGAGGAGAAAAGUGUGAGAAAACAG